UCCCGGUGAAGUAGAAUAUGCGCCGGAAAAAUAUGGAGCUGGGAACGGAGUGAUCAUCCGAUGUGCUUACUCUGCAAAUAUAAAGAUUUAGAGGUCAAAUUUAUCAAAUGAAACACGGUACAAUCCAUCCGAAAAAGUGCAGAAUAUCUUUUUCCCGGGCCCCGCACCUCGCAGCGAUCCAGGAUUCGCGGCCCAAGAAAUCGAUUAAAAUAAGAUCCGGAUUGAAAUAAAGCUGCUUCUCCACGCAGACCAUGAAGCCUUCCAUUGUCUCCACUGCAGCUGCUUCAUGCAGUACUUGUAGCCAGCGCAGCAUUAUUUACGUGGUUCACAAAGCGCUGCGUAGGCAGCUGCUUUUUUUUUUCUUUUUUGUUAAUCAUCUUCUACAACUACUGAGAGGAAGAAAACCGCUGGCUUUGUUGAGGAAUCGUGGGCCAUUUGCUGCUGCUCUUGUACGAGGGUAGGAGGCCGCUUCUUCUUUCAUCGCUAUCGGUGGUGGAGAAGGCAGUGCCAGAUGCAUUUCGGAGGUAACACACUCCAUCAAUCUGAAGGACACCACUCAAAGGCACUUGAUCGAAUAAAGUCCGAAGAGUUCAAAUUCGUAAGAGUGGAUAUGAGUCGAAGUUAUAGUUUUGAUGCGAAGGGUAAAUCAAACUUUGCUGAUGAAGAUGAUCCAUUAUCAUAUUCUUUGAGAUCAGGUGAAACUUCAGGAGUUAAUAAGGGAAAGUUUAAAGCUGUGGAAAAGUCUUCAAUGAGAAGAAAAGUAGAGGCAAUAGAUGAUGAAACUACAUUUUCAGAAAAAGUAAGUACUCAGCAGCUAACCGAAUCUUCUAUAAAAUGGAAAAAUUCUGGAUCAUCAAGUUGCUGUCAAAGUCUAGAUAUUUCAGAAUCGGAUUUUGAACACUUUCCAAUGCGAGAAAUCAAUAGGAAAAUUGAGAGUUUAUUGGCUUCUAAGAAAAAAUCUUCUUAUGGUGCUGUAUCUGUUAAAAUAGUGACGGAAAACUUGUCACUUUGUGAAUCUACAGGGACUUCCAGUCUAGUGGAAUUAGCACCUGGGAGUUGUCUUGCAGCCAAACAUUACGAAGGCUUCCUUCCUGAUAAUGCUGCAGAUAUGGACGGAGCUUCUUCCCCUGUAAUUCAUGGAUGCAAAUAUCAAAAGACAAAUAUGGUUGCCUGCAUGUUCAGUUCUGGGUUGACUUACUUGGAUCCUAUGAACAACAACCUAUGUUCUUGUUGCUCUAGUUCUAAAUCAAUGACAACAGGAAUCAAGCGCAAGACUUCCUCUAUUUCUGAAGGCUUAGGAAAUUCAUGGACAAGUCUAAAGGGAGGAUCCACCCAUUUGCUUAGAGAGUCCAGUCCAGCUGAUUUUCCCUACUCUUUUUUACCUGAAAGACAUGUUUCAGAAGUAAAAGGUGAUUCUCCCAUGCCUAAUUGCUCAAAACAUGAUAUGAGUCUACCUGAAUCUUGCCAAAUUUUGAAGUCUGUGGAUUAUGGAGAAAGAUGUCAGAAGUUCUCUAGUACAGUAAAGUAUUUACUGGUUGCAGAUAAGGUGGAAAAGUAUCAGUGUCUCAGAAAACAGACCAAGGGAGACUCUACUUUCACCCAAGUUUAUGCAAAUACUUCAUCCACCCUUCCAACCAAACAAAAUUAUGGAAAGAAAAAGAAGAGCACGGCACCCUUGCAAAAAUUUGUAAGUGAUGAAGAUAUGAAUGAUUGUGAUGAUAAUGACGCUCAUCUUAUUGCGGAACAUAACGAGUUUCUUACUAAUACUGAUACAGUUUACAGCCAUCCCAGUCAUAGGUCAAGUUCUCUACCGGGAGAAUCUUUUUCCAGGUCACAAAAGGGCAUUACAUCUUCAAAUCUGAGAAAUCCGAAUCCUGUAUUUGCUUCUUCUGGGGAUGUUUCGACCACAAAAGUGGAGACUGGAAUGGCUGAGAAGAGAGAAGCAGAACACGCUGCUUCUACACAUGAAGCAACUGAUGCAAGACAUAGAAAAGCAAGUGUUUCUAGCACAGAAAGUUUGGCUGCAGAUCAUCAUAUAGCUUCACAAGUUAGGGCAUCAGAUGCCUCCAGCUCCAAUCCUCUACCAAAUCACACAUCAGGAUCAGAAACAUGCAGCAGAUGGAUCAAGCGUCUCCAGGAUAACCAUUCCAAGACUGCUCCUUGUACGAAGAGGUUCAGACGGGGCGAUGAUUCCUCCAACGGCGAUUCAGACGAAUUUGUACAGUUGUGGAGGAGGAGGUGGCGCCAUAGUGGCGAUGAAUCGUCCUCGACCGCAUCAAUGCCGAGUGUUCCGCUGACGCUUUUGCCGGAAAAAUCCAGUGCGGCGCUUGAAAAAUUUGAAGGGAAGAUGUCUGCAAGCAUUGGAGGGAUGGCUUUGAUGGGGAAGGCGAUGAAGAAUUAUAGGCCGUAUAGAAUUCGGAGAGAGGAAGGAUGUCUAGUAUGGAAUACGGGAGAGUGA